AUGACUAUCGAGACUCAAAUCCUCGACCCCAGCGCGGAGGGAAUUCAAAUUUCGAACUACACUGGUAUAUGCCAGUAUCCCUUCUUACAGCAGAACCUCUUUCCCGAAACUGGUGGAUACAUCAGCGGACGGUAUUGUGCGGUUGUCCCGAAUCCAGGUGGAUACGAAAACUGCUGCGUCCCAUGCCCGGUGGCUAAUUGGAAAUAUGGAGACGACUUGAUGAAGAAGACGGAGAUUCCAAGUUACAUUAGUGCGGUCAUUUUUCCUUUCGUUGUUCUUCUACUGUUGUCAUAUGCGGUCCUUCCGGCGAAAUACUCGCAUCGGCAUUACUUGAGUGUUUCUUUUACCAUUGGGAUUUGUUGCAUGCAUAUCGCUUUCAUUAUACCGCUAGGCGCGAAACCGGAUCAAUGCUACAAUGAAAUCACACCAAAAGGAAUGCAUGAUGACCUCUCGUGUGCUUUUACCGGCGCCCUCCUCCUCUUCGGAGGCUUAAUGGUCGUCGUAUGGAGUUUCAUCCGCGCCAUCGCCUUCCACCUGCAGGUUUGUUGGGAACAAGUCCUCGGCACAAAGUUCAUGUGGGGAGCCCUAAUCUGCGGCUGGGGCAUCCCAGCCAUCGGUACAACCAUCAUGCUCAUCUUCACCGGCGUUUCCUUCCGCUUCGGCCCCAUCUGCCACAUCAACAUCGAAAACAGCAUCUACGACUACUGGAUCCCCUGUCUGAUCUUCGCCGGCGCAGCGCUAUUCCUCCAGUUAUCAACCAUGGCCUACUGCAUCCGCAUAUACCUCAAAACGCUCUUCAGCAGGGAACCCAGCCACGCGGCCGACGGGCUCCCGUCCUACGCGGCGAGCGUCCGCUCCAUCAACGCUCGCCAGGCAUACCGCCGGAUAAGCAAGGUCUUCCGUCUGCAAUGGCGCGGCGUGGCAUUCGUAUUCAUUAUCAUCGCGAACGCCCUCCUCUACUCCAUCGUUUUCAUCAACCUCGACGCAGCCACAAAACUAACCCCGCAAGUCGUCCAAAAGGCCUUCCCCUGGCUGCUCUGCCUCAGCUUCACAAAAGCAGACAAAGAAUACUGCAAGCAAUACGCCGUCAACAUUGGUCCCGACAGAGACACCCUCCUCGCCGUCCUCACGUUCCUCUCCAUGGUCGGCCUCUGGAACGUCGCACUCUUCGCCCGUCCAUCCAUGUUCACGGGCUGGCUCAUCCUGUUCAGAAACGCCUUCAGCAAUCGCAAAGAAUACGUCUCCGCAGACGCUAGAACCCUCCUCCCUACCUCCCCUGAACCUCGCGGCUUCGAAAUGCUCCAUAAAAGCACCACCAACUCCAAAGCCCCCGAAGCUGCAAUCAGCAUCGGCAUCGCCCGCUCCUCAACCCCCGAUAAACCCGAUAUUGAUACCAAAACUCCCCAAAGCCCACUCUCCCCUCAGAGCCCAUCUUCUUACGACUGGGAGUCAGACAAGGAGUACAUCAAGAGACCGCCCGUGAGCUUCUCGAGACCACAUGUCGCUUCUCCGCCGAGGAUCACCUCGCCGCCACCCAGAAUACGGUCUCCGACGAGAGCUUCGGGGAUGAUUUCGCCUACGGGACUGGGGUGGGAUCCGAGGGAUACGUUUGCGGCGCCGAGUCGGACGAGUCCGCGCGAGGGUUCCGGGUCUGGGUCUGGGUCUGGGACUGGGGCGAGAGGGUUUGAGGGAGUAUGA